UAAUUGUUAAUUAUUUGAAUAAUUUCCUUGAAUAUGUUAAGAAUUUUUAGAUCUCGUAUACGGUCAUAUUCGACGACUACUCCUAUAUAUCCUCCAUCAUUACUUAAAUUACAAGUUGGGAAAAUUCUUCAAUGUGAGAAACAUGAGAAUGCAGAUUCUCUUUAUGUAUCACAAGUUCAAGUUGGGAUUGAAGAAAAAGUUCAAAUUUGUUCAGGAUUGGUGAAAUUUUAUAGACAAGAAGAAAUGAAAGAUCUUGAUGUAGUAUUACUUACUAAUUUGAAACCAUCUAAAAUGAGAGGUGUAAAAUCAGAAGCCAUGGUAUUAGCAUCAGAGACUGGGGCUGAAGAAAAUAUUGAAGUUUGUGUGGUAUCGCCACCAAAAGGUGCAGAAAUAGGAGACAGAUUAUAUUUUGAAGGAUUUUCCGAUACUACACAAAACACUCCAACCAAACUCUCAUCAAAGGCAUGGAAGGAUAUACAAACGCAUUUACGUACGAAUUCAAAAGGGGAAGUAGUAUAUGUAACAGAUGAUGGCGAAGAAAGGAAACUUGGAAUUAAUGAUAGUAGCGCCACAUCAAAAAUUGUAAAUGCGGCCGUACGUUAG